CGGCGGGGUCGGGCUGGUGGUGCCGUCCCCGCGGGCCGCCGCCGCCGAGGGCCUGGAUAGCUCAGCGGGGAGAGCGUCAGACUUUUAAUGUGAGGGUCCAGGGUUCGAGCCCCUGUUCAGGCGGCGGCGCUGCUCUUUCUUGGCGCUUCCUCUUUGCGCGGCUGCUUCGCUUCACGCCCGGACGCCGCUCCCCGGGCCAUGGCGGAGCCGGAGCUGGGGCUCCGCUUCCAGCGGCGCUUCUUGGCGGCCCGGCAGCUGCGCGCCUUCCCCUGGCCGGAGCUCGAGCAGAGGCUGAGGAGCGCCCCGGAUUCCUCCCUGCUGGCCGACAUCCUGCACCAGACCAUUCUCCACCCUCUGUGUGUAAAGUAUCCCCCUUCCAUCAACUACAGAAGAUGCUUUCUAACUGAACUCAUCAAAAAGCACGAAUCCACAACAGCUGAACCCCUGGAUGAAUUGUACGAUACACUAGCAGAUAUUUUAAAUGAAGAAGAAUCUACUCACUGUUACAAAAACUACUUACUGCCUACUGGAGAAUCCGUUACUCUUUCUGAGAAUGAGGCGAUUAUCUCUCAAGGAACCACAGGGCUCGUCACAUGGGAUGCCGCUCUUCAUCUUGCUGAAUGGGCAAUGGAGAACUCCACAGUUUUCAGUAACAGGACUGUCUUGGAAUUAGGAAGUGGGAUUGGCUUCACUGGACUGGCAAUCUGCAAAACUUGCAACCCCAAGGCAUAUAUAUUUAGUGAUUACCACCAUUGUGUUCUCAAACAGCUGAUGGAAAACAUCCGUUUGAAUGGCUUUGCCGUGGAGCCUGAAACUAUUGAUCUUAUCCAAACAAAAUCUGAAGGGCAGGAGGCAGAAGGGAUGAACUACCAACAACCAAAACUAAUUGUUGCAGAGCUUGACUGGGGCUCAGUUACAGAAAAACAACUGUUGGAUCUGCAACCAGACGUCAUCAUUGCAGCAGAUGUGGUAUAUGAUCCAGAGAUAACUUUAAGCCUUAUCGGUAUGCUACAAAAACUCUCAACUUUCAGAGCAGAUGGAAAACCUCCUGAGGUCUAUAUUGCUUUCACAAUUCGUAAUCCAGACACGUAUCAUCUGUUCCAGGCUGAACUAGAUAAAGUGGGGAUUGGAUGGCAGAUUAUUCCAGCCCACAGCAACAGUAUUUUUCUCUAUGAUACUCAGUCAAACAUAACUAUUCUGCAACUAUUUAUAUAGAUUUGGUAGAUACAACACAAGUAGUUUUCAGACCAGCAAGUGCUAUCUCAUCCUUGCAACAAGACUACCUUGAAUUCCAGAAACAUACAAGAGAGACACGCACCGAGGAUACACUUCUAUGCGCAGAUUGCUGUCAAAGUGAGCUACAUUUCUUUCUGCAGUUGCCAGCAUGCAUGCAAGAAAGGAGAUGCCUCUUAGAAGUAUCUGUGUAUCUCAAGCUGUAGAAAUAAAAAAAAGCCCUAAUCAUAA